GUUUAUUUCUAAUUUUGAGUCUGGACUGUGAAUAUACCGAAUAUUCAUGUUUAUGGUUUGAGUUUUUAACACGUUUGUAGAUAGCUGUGGUUUUGUAUUAUAAUUAUUAAUGUAUACUAUUAUUCUACUAAUUCGUAACAUUUAACAGUACUAACUUUUUUCAAUUAUUUAAGUCAUUACUAAGUCUGAAAACAUGUCUCUUACAAUAGCUCAAAUCCGCCAACAUCUCAGUCAUUUGGCUAAUGCACAGACAUCUCAUAAAGAUCAAGUCGAUAAAUAUAGAAGCUUAUUGAACAAUGUUUUAUCAAACACUGGCGACAAUAUCAUCGAGGCUUUAAAAGUAUUUGUUGAAGCCAUUGUUAAUGAAAAUGUCAGUUUAGUAAUAUCUCGCCAAAUAUUAUCUGAUGUCAGUACACAACUCUUACCUGAUUUACCCGAUGCGCAGUCUAAAUUAUUGGCUCAUUUUACACUGGAAAAAAUUCAACCAAGAGUAAUUUCUUUCGAAGAGCAGGUUGCUAAUGUUCGUCAACAUUUAGCAUCUAUUUAUGAAAGAGAAAACAAUUGGAAAGAAGCAGCAUCAGUACUAGUUGGUAUACCGCUUGAAACAGGACAAAAGAAAUAUACUGUCGAUUAUAAAUUAGAAACUUAUAUGAAAAUUGCACGUCUAUAUUUAGAAGACGACGAUCCAAUGUUAGCUGAGUCUUACAUUAAUAGGGCUUCAUUAUUACAAACUGAAUCUAAAAAUGAGAAACUACAAAUAUGUUAUAAAGUGUGUUACGCAAGAGUAUUGGAUUAUCGUCGUAAGUUUAUUGAAGCAGCUCAAAGGUACAAUGAAUUGUCAUAUAGGUCAAUUAUAUCAGAAGAAGAGCGUAUGGCUGCUUUAAAAAAUGCUCUCAUCUGCACUGUAUUAGCAUCUGCUGGUCAACAACGCAGUCGAAUGCUAGCAACAUUGUUUAAAGAUGAAAGAUGUCAAAGUCUACCAGAAUUUUCGAUUCUUGAAAAAAUGUAUUUAGAUCGUAUAAUUCGACCUAAUGAAAUUGCCCAGUUAGAUGCUAUGUUACAACCACACCAAAAGGCUAAAACAGUAGAUGGUUCAACCAUAUUGAAUCGAGCCAUCAUUGAACACAACUUGUUAUCAGCAAGUAAACUUUAUAAAAACAUGAAGAUUGUGGAACUUGGCCGAUUGUUGGGCAUUGAACCAAUCAAGGCAGAGAAAAUUGCAGGACAAAUGAUAUCUGAAGGACGUAUGGAAGGUUCAAUUGAUCAAGUUGACUCUUAUGUUCACUUUAAAACUCAAAAAUUAUUGCCGACCUGGGAUAAGAAAAUUGAAGCUCUGUGUUAUCACGUCAAUCAUAUUAUUGAACUUAUGUCUGUAGAUACAAAAGUACGUGAAUGGAUGAAUAAACAUUUAGAUGAUCAAAUGACAUUAUAACGAGAGCAACUGAUAUAAAUUAUAUUUUUCCUAAUUAAUUUUAAACAAAUACACUGAAUUUUAAUAUAGUAAAAAUA